CCACUGGCGUGUCAGAAGAGGACGCACGGGUAGAAAGCUACACCUCUGGAGGAAUAUUCUUUUUCCAGUACCAACGGUACCUUUCAGCCCACAUGUCAGCAGAGUGAGUUGAAAGCUAAUUUACAAUAAUGGAUUUUAUGAAUCAAGCCUGCGCACUUCUUGGAUGAAAUGCAGGAGGUCUCUUUAACAGCACCCCGUAACAAGUCACUGAAGUUGAAGACGUGAAAGGAACAUUAUAACCAAUUGAAAAAGGAAGCAAGCAAGGUCUAAGUAACCAAGCUGAGGACUUGAUCAGUACCCCGGCAUUAGCACUUCCUGCAACUUUCUCAAGCAAUUCAUGCAAAUACCGUGCAACUUUCUAUGACCCAGGACCUCUUCUGUCCCACCUCCAGAAGCACAGUGCUCUCCAUGCUUUGCUCCUGCACUGACUCAAAGACAGGGGAAACAUUUUCCAUUCAGUCCCUGAUGAUAUCCUACUGUGGACUUGUAUGUGGAUCCAGCCAUGGAUGAGUGUGCAAUUUUCACCUGGGUCAUCUGCUCACGUAUGAAUGCAAACAAAGCGUGGGAAAAUCCUACUCACAUACACUUGCCCUAAUCAACUGACUAUUGGUCAACCUAAGAGACCCUCUGUUUUUCGGUGGACACCAGAAGAGAGGCCUAAAGAUGCUGUAAAAGCAUUAAAGAAGAAGCUUUUCAAAAACUAUAACCAUAAGGAGAUUCGAUUUACCUUGUCUCUUCUUGACAUGUGUGUGCAGAACUGUGGCCCAAGCUUUCAGUCUUUAGUUGUGAAGAAAGACUUCUGCAAAGAGAGGCUUGUGAAGCUGCUGAAUCCAAGAUACGCUCUGCCAACUGACAUGCAGGACAAAAUCUUGACCUUUAUCAUGACUUGGACCCAUGGGUUUCAAGGAACCGUGGAUGUGAGCGAAGUAAAGGAAGUUUACCUGGAACUGCUGAAGAAAGGAGUGCAGUUUCCGUGUACUGACACCAACACGGAGACAAAAAAGGCUUUGUCUCAGUCCAUCACUAAGUCUUCACCACUUUCUUCUGCCUCAGUGAAAUGUUCCCUGAUGCCUCUUUCCACUACCUCAACUAUAAUGCUGACUCCUGAACAGAUCGGGAAGGUGAACAGCGAACUGGAUAUGACCAAAAUGAAUGUAAGAGUCAUGUCAUCGAUAUUAAAGGAAAAUGUUCCUGGUUCAGAAAAUCCUGAAGAUAUGAACCUUUUACAGAAACUAUACAAAACGUGUCGGAUGAUGCAGGAGAGGAUCAUAGAGCUGCUGGCAAUAGUUCAGAAUGAAGAUGUGAUAAUCGAACUAAUUCAAGUGAAUGAAGACCUGAAUAAUGUCCUCCUGGGACAUGAAAGGUUCUCUCGUAACCGAGUGCGCUUCUUGGAGAAUCAAAGAAUACAGAGAGAGAGCAUGGAGCCAUCUGCUCCUCCUUGUGAUCUACUUGACCUUCAUUCCGGUUCUGUGCCCCCUGUGUUGGCAGUGAUGCAAAAUGGUGCUGUUACUUCUCAGUCUUCAGGAUUGAAUUGCAGGUCUGCAAGUGCUCCGGAUCCAAACAAUGCGCAUCCUAUGCUUUACCCUAAUCUGGAUUUAGGAACAGCAAAUGCUCAACAGUUCUUGUUUGCAACAGACACGCAAAGUAUAAGCCAAAGCAGCCCUGCUGUCCAUACAUAUGGCAACCUUUUACAUCCAGUGCCCCUGCAUCUGGUGAACCUCCAAAAUGGCAAUGCCUUAUCACUAAAUGAAGGCUUGCCAGGUGCAGCACCAGCAGAUGAAUCAAAGAGCAAGUCACAGUCCCAUUACUAUGAGAUAAUGGAGUUUGAUCCUUUAGCACCAAGUGAUGCCACAGAAGCUAUUUACGAAGAAAUUGAUGCUUAUUUGUCCAAACCAGGAGUUAAAAAAGAUUCCAGAUGCUGAGACAGGAAAUGAAGUCUUGUCUCAAAAGUUAAUCUCUGAUGCCAGCUUCGGAGAUCUGCUUUCUAUCAGUGAAAAGUGAAUGCAAGAUUGUAUUUUGAACAUAGCAACAAGUAUUGGGAUCUUAAGUGACAGAUAUGCUUUACUUGGAUAUACCAUCAACUCUGAUCUCUAACACUAUACACAAGGCCUUAAAAAGUGCUAAUUUUUCACUGGGACUAUUCUGUGUGUGUGUAUUGGUAUCGGGGUUUACACCUUAUUUAAAACAUGCUUUCAAAACUUCCCUAUUUAAAAAUAAUACACUCUGCCUCUGACUUUAGUGGCACACAAGUAGCCUUGUAACUGUAAACAAGUUUUGUGUCACGUUAACCGCUGUCAUACUGCUUAAUUUUUAUGCAGUAAACAAAAAUGGAAUUUUUAUCCAUUUACAGAUGUAUAAUUUAUCUUUAUUUAACCUCACUUCUGACUUGUCAUUGUGCAAGUACUUUGAGCGAUACCAACCAGAAAAAGAAAACCCUGGAGAUUCUUCUGUAUUCAGAAUUCUCCUACUUCAGGCCUCUUGACUGUUAUGUCAAUACGCUCACUAUGCAACGUUCAUUGCCUUUAUAUUUUACAUCUAAAAUAGUAAUGAUGUUGAUUUGGUUUUUUAAACCAAAUCAGGUUAAGUGCCUGGUCUCAAAACAAAGGGAAACAAUAAACUUUCUUUCAACAAAUUGCUGCACGUUGUCUCGGUAGAGACUAACUUAAACACCAAAUACUCUUUGCCAGGCUUGUCAAGAUAGGAACAGAUGCUUUAGGAUUGUUUGCAUCUUGGUCACCAUAUCCUCCCUUGUAAUUUAAUGGGUCUUUUCAAAAACUGGAUAUGAACCAGCCCGUAGCAUUGAGUGGUUUUUGCCAGCGUUAUCCUGAAAAGGGGGGUGGGGAAGAGAGGAAUAAUCCAUAGGGAUGGAAAAGAACUACGCAGAUCACAAAAAGAUGCUGUUUUCAUUAGCAGGGCUGAAGUGCCUAUAUUUCCAUGCUGAAUGUAAAGUUUGCACUUUGCUGAAAGAUACAGCACUUUUUGAAUUUAAAAUUAUGAUCUAAAAUAUGAGAGCUUAGUUCAUUUGGUUGUAUGGCUAGCAAGUGAAACGGUAGCUCUAUUUAAAUGAUGUGUUUUACAUUUUGAGUAUUUUAACUUCAUAAAUGUAAGCAAUAUUAAAUUACAUUAAGUUCUCAAGCUGCUUCGCGGUUGUUGUUUUUUGUUAGUACAUUAACAUGAGUAUGAACAAAAAUUUUGUAGAAAAUCACCACGCAAAAUGGUGGUGAUUUUUUGGCUAACAUACAUUUAUACCCUCAUGCAGAAAUCACUGAGGGCAAUUAAGUGUAAACACAAGGCAUGACAAGUAGGUUGAGAAGCCUCUACAGCAGUUAAUAUGACAAACUGCUCUACAAAUGGCAUGAGUAGCAGACGCUCCGAUGUACUUACUGACAGAGAAGCAGACAAAAUCAUUCUGGUAUGCAGCAUCAAAGUGGAAAAGGAACAGAUACGGCAGGUCAAUAAAUUUAACUACUUGGGAAGUUGGAGAACAUCAGAUGGUAAAUGUGAUCAUGAAAUAAAACUGAGAAUAAGGAUGGCAAAAGAUGCAUUUCUGAAAAUGAAAAAAAGAUAUUGAAAACUAGUAAAAUUUCUAUGGGGAUGAAGUUAAGAGUUUUGGAUUGCUACGUUACACCAGUCCUCACGUAUGCAUCAGCAUGCCAGACAAUAUCGCCAAAUAUGGAAAAGAGAACUGAAGCAACUGAUAUGUGGUUCUUAAGGCAGGUUUUGAAGGUAUGUUGGACAAGUCACACUUCAAAUGAAGAUGCUUUGUUAAGAGCAGGCUGCAGGAGGAAGCUGCUGAUCAACAUCCGAAAGAGACGGUUGGAGUUUCUCAGACACGUUAUGAGGAAACUGAAAGUCUGGUCAUAACUGGAAAGACUGAAGGAAGGCGAUAUCAUGGGAGACAGAGGUUGUAUUAUGUCAAGGGUCUAUCUAAAUGGAUGAAUGUAUCAACACUGGAAAUUCUGUAUGCCUAGAAGAGAUCUGUGGAAGAUCGUGAUCACCAACGUCCUGUUUGGAUACGGUACCUAGAAAGGGAAAGAAAACAAUUCCCUGCUGGGGCACCCUGCCCUGCAUUUUUUUUAAACUGGCUUGCUCUCUGGGCAGACUCAUUCCAAAGGAAAAUCACUGUCCAUCUGUAACUGGCAAAUCUGUCUCUUUUCUAAUUAUAGAGUUGACUUUUUUUAUUUUUAUGUAUGUAUUUUUGGCCACUGCACCUGUACCAAUCACAGCCCCAACACCUUGUUUAUGGCAGUAUAGCUACUUCACAGCUGGGGUUUUGUUCGCUAUUUUAAUUCUUCCAGCCUAGUUAAAGCUGCAAAAAAAUUAUGGGCAGAUAAAACCGAAAAAGAUACUUAGCAAAGGUUCCUGGUUAGAUCACUCACUAAGGUCCACAAACUCAGACUCAACCUCGUGGCAACCUUUUCUUGGGAGUCAGGUGAGUGGUUGGAGGAGAAAUUGUAGUGAUGAUUCUGUUAGUAGAGUUCAUUAAGCUGGCAGGUCACAGUGAUCUGCAGGAAACUUCUGGUCUGUUUCUCAAGAGCACCUGACAGGUAAUAUGGAAACUCUUGUUUGUGGCAGCACAGACUUGGAAAUGCCAGUGGCUAAGCUGUUAUUUUUUAUAGGACAAAGAUUUAGGAUUUAAACAAUGACUCUCAGAAUCACUCUAUGCAAAGGUUUUUACCCUCUAGAGAGUAAAAAUGCAUAGAACAAUGUGACAAAUGGCAUAAAACACUUUACACCCUUUAAUGAGUAGUUAAAGAUUUGACAUUCUGUCAUUACAAAAGAUAUGCUGGAUACCAGUAAUUGUAUUUACCGCAGUGAUAUUUGUUUUCAAAGCAAUUUUUGUACAUCUUAAAACAGCAUGACCUGAACCUGCCUCUCCUCCUCCACCCUCACCCGCUCCACCCAAAAAACAGGGAAGGACAGCAAGAUGUUUUUUCCACAGCACAGUUUCUCAAUCCUUGUACACAGAUUUAAUUUACAAAGUCUUAAAUGGAAGAAGUUAACCAUUUUCCCCACACUUUUGAAGGUGCCUAUUUACUUCUAUAGUCUGAAAGAUGCCACUGGUCGUGCUUUUGUCAGAUUUUAUGCAUGGGAGGGAAAGGAAGGAUUGGACUAAAAGGUUGGAUACUGGAUUAUGAGACAUUGGGAAGGUUUCAAUCACCUCUUUGACAGAGUUUUCCAUUAAACUAAGGAAUGAAAAACUAUGAAAACAGGCUAUGUAUCGUAUAGGUGUUGGGAGAAUAACAUUCAUUCUUUCUUAAAGAGUGUUUAGAAACUAUUGUGAUAAAGAUUAUAUAACCUCCCUAAAAGAAAAGACAGAUUUAAACAUAUAGAUCAAGCUGUUUUCAUAAGUUUUGAUAGGUUUUGUGACUUCUUGUAGACAUUUUUGCUACUUUAUAUUGGGUUUUGAACAGAAACCUGAAAAGCAAAGUCAGGAUGUGGUUUGAAACUGCCAUAGCAGCAAAGCAGAAAAUUGCCAAUUAACAGCUUUUCUAUUUUCACAGAUAUCAAAUUACUUUAUUGCCCUUUUAAGGGAUACACAUAGACAUGUAGCUACUUAAGCUGUACUCUGAUAAUGGCUGUUCUUUUAUUCUUAACUUCCCUGACAAUGGGAUAUGGUACUGUUAGCAAAAUGAUUACCUGAGUUGGAAUUGACACAAUAUUUCUAUAAAUAAUUCCAAAGAGGUCAGAAAUAAUCACAUGCAGUCAGAACAUGUAGAAUAUAACUCAUCCAAAAAGCAGCACCUUUAGCAGCAAGUGAUCCAAAUAUGACAUUGUGUUUUUUGAUUCAGUAAUAACUUAAAAUGGAUGAUUUCCAACUUCCCUUCUAUAGCACACAAAAACAGGAUGGAUCACUAAAAAAUCCUUACUUAGCUCACAAGAUUAGGUAGAGUAUUUACAGGAAUGAGUAUUCAUGCUCACUAUUUAGGUGGAAGAGUUAAUUUUCUGGAUUGUGAUUGUUAAUCACACUCUAUGUAUCCAAGAGUGUAUAGUAAGGAAUAGGAAAUUACAUCUUCACAACAUUUUUUGUAUUUGAUUACAAAGACUUCCCUUUAGCUAUCCGUUCUGUCCAAAUAUUGGAAUA